CCGCGUCUUCCCGCUUGCACCGCAACCCCCACGCGCCGCGCACCGCCUCCGCAUCGAUCGGAGGAAACCCUAACGCUAAACCCUACCUCCUCGCCUUCAACCCCCGGCUCCCAUGGCCGGGCGCGGAGGCUAAGCAGUAGCCACUACCCUUAUCAGGCGGCCCGGUAUGGAUUGAAGUGGUCCGGUGGAGGCAUGGGUACAAACCCUAGCCUGCAGGAGCUGGCGGCGCCGGCGGCGCCGCGGGGACGCGUGGUGCGGAUACUCGUGCGCGACGCCGACGCCACGGACUCGUCCUCCAGCGAGGAUGAGGAGGUGGGUCCGCUGCCUCCGCCUCGGCCGCGGGGGAGGGGGAAGGGGAAGGGGAAGGUGGAUGGUGGCGUGAAGCGCCGGGUGAUGGAGGCGGGGAGGAUCGGGGAGGCGGCGGCGUCUGGGACGAGGCCCGCAGCGCGGUUCCGCGGAGUGCGCCAGCGGCCGUGGGGGAGGUUCGCGGCGGAGAUCCGCGACCCCCACCUCCGCCGCCGCCUGUGGCUUGGCACCUUCGACACCGCAGAGGAGGCCGCCGCCGCCUACAACGCCGCCAGCAUCCGCCUCCGCUGUUCCAGCAAUACCACCACCAACUUCUGCUCUGUCCGCUGCUACUCGCCACCGGAGCUAGCCAAGCCAACUAUUCAAUCGUCUGAAGCAGUGAGGCCAAUCACCUUGCCAAUUGGGCCAGCUAAGCCGACCCUCCUUCCACAGGUGAAGGAGGAGGGUGCGAGCUGUGGCGGUCGGGUCAAGGAGGAGGGCAGUAGCUGUGAGGUCCAGGCGCCAAUGUGGACGAUGAUCUCCGGCAAGCGUAAGAAGCGAUCGGGCUGCGGAACCCGUGUCCGCGCCUUUCAUGCUGUGUCCGCCUGCUUGGAAGAAGUUGGCGGGGCCUGAGGGUCAAGUUAUCCGUAAUUACUAUUGUUAGCAGCUUUAUUAUUAUGCAUAGCAUCAUUGGGAACUUGGUAUUGUGUAAUCUUGGUUAGUACUGAACUGCUUAUGUGAAAAUCUCUGCAUGCGACCUGAUUUAAUAAUGCUAUGGUGUGUAUAUGGUAUUGUAGCUGCUAUAUAUGAAUGUGAGACAAUAUUUUGGGCUUGGAUAGCUUGUGGAAUUAAA